AUGGUCGCAAUUGAAUUCAAAGUGUCUGAAUCAGGACGAGCCCGGCCCGAGAAGAACCCGAAAUUGGGAUUUUUCGUCUACCUCCUUGGAUCCGCUGCUAUUAUUGGCGGAUUCUUAUUCGGAUAUGAUACAUCUGUAGUCUCGGCGGCAAUGCUCUAUGUGCCAGAAGCUCCAGGACUCAAGCCAAUGGGAACUGUUUGGAAGGAAGUGAUUGUUAGUAUUACGCCAGGCAUGGCAGCAGUCGGUGCAUGGUUUUCUGGUGCUGGCUCCGAUCGUUAUGGCCGCAAACCUAUCAUCAUCGGCUCCACAAUCAUUUUCAUCGCUGGAGCAAUCAUUUGUGCAGUGGCCUGGACAAAAAUUGUGAUGCUAAUUGGUAGAAUCUUCCUAGGUGUUGGAAUUGGAUUUGCUUCAAUGGUGGUUCCUGUUUAUCUAGGAGAAGCAUCCCCUACUCAUGUCCGUGGCACUCUUGUAUCCGCGUUCGCCAUGAUGAUCAGCUUCGGACAAGUCGUCGCAAAUGUGAUGGGUGGAAUCUUCAGUUACUGGGAUCCAUACACCAUCGGAUGGAGAUUGAUGUUUGCGUUCGCUGGAAUUCCAGCCUUGAUCCAAUUUGUUUGCUUCAUCUUCCUUCCAGAGACCCCAAGAUGGCUUUAUGAGAAUGGACAGACUGAGAGAGCUAAGCAAGUGUUGGAAAAGAUUUAUAGUGGAGACGCGGAGUGGAUCGAGUAUGAGUUAGCUGAAAUUGAAACUUAUGCAGAGGAGAGGAAGAAGCAGAUGGAAGAAGAAAAAAAGUCCGGCCCUGUUAUCUGGCGCAUCCUGAAAACUCCACAUGUCCUGAAAGCCUGCUUCAUUGGAAGUAUGCUUCAAGCCUUCCAACAACUGGCUGGAAUCAACACCAUCUUGUACUACACCGCUGAUAUCAUCCGAUCCGCUGGAAUUGAAAACUAUCACACUAUCAUCUGGAUCUCUGUGAUUCUCUCCAUUUGCAACUUGAUCGGUCCCUUCAUUCCAAUGACCCUAAUUGAAAAGCUCGGAAGAAGAAAGUUGUUCCUUUUCUCCUGUGCUGGUGUCGUCAUUUCUCUAGUCCUCAUCGGUGUCUCCUUCCUUCUUGUUGGAAAUGACUCCGCCCCUAAUUUCGAGAUGUCCUCUUACUCUUUGGCCGGAUCUUAUGACCCACUUCAUCCAGAAGCUGAAUCCUGUCGCAUACUUUCAAAUUGCGAUAGUUGUGUCACUUCGGAGCACUGCGGAUUCUGUGAGGAUUCGGAGACGAAAACUGGAUUCUGUCUUCCUGUCAAUCAUAAUGACCCAACGCUCUUCUCAUCGACAGGACUUUGCACUAGUGGGGUGGAUAAGAGCAACUCCAGCUUCCCUAAUGCAACUUCCUUCACCUGGCAAAAACACCACUGCACCACUUCCUACACCAUUCUCCCUAUUGUAAUGAUGGGUGUCUAUCUUCUAACCUUCUCCUCUGGAUUCACAUCUCUUCCAUGGGUUCUGAAUUCUGAAUUCUAUCCAAUGUGGGCCAGAUCCACGUGUGUCUCUAUCUCAACACUAUCCAAUUGGGUAUUUAAUUUAUUGGUCUCUCUGACCUAUUUGUCUUUGACUCAUGCCAUAACCAAGUAUGGUGCAUUUUGGCUUUAUGCUAUUUUCACUAUUAUUGCCUUUAUUUUCAUCUAUUUCCUGGUACCAGAAACAACUGGUUAUUCUAUUGACGAGGUGGAAAUGCUGUUCAUGAACAAGCGCCAACGCAACAUUGCAAUGCAAAUUCGUCAAGCCAAGCUGGAAGCCAAUGACAAGGACAAAGAUAAAAAUUCAUCCGCCACCCUGUCCACAGAGACAAUAACUAUGUAG